GAUAGUAUUAAUCAAUGCACUGUCACCUGGUCGAUAUCCUUCACAGUAGAAACAAAUCAUUUACGGAAUUUCCUAACAAAUGUGUGAUCGGAGAAUGGAAUUUCUUUGUUUCACAAAAUCGAACAUUAUUUACAUAAAGAAAAUCCCAAAAUUUUGGUUCAAACUAACGACAAAAAGCUGUUACCUAUAGAGUUGCCUCUUGUAUUUUAAUCCGUAAGUAACGUUUUUUUUUAAAAAAAUGAUCAGACCAAGAUAUGAGUAAACAUGUACACCACAACAUUUAAUCAUUGGUACAUUUUGUUUCAGUCAAAUUACUAUAACUAGGCUUCCGUUUAGAAAUUGGUGUGACAAAGAAAAGAAUGUCAAAUGGAAACCAAAGGGAGAUCCUCAAAAUUAAAUAGAAUAACAAAUCAUUCCAAAGAGCUAAACUCAUUUCAGAAUGUAAAAAUGUUUUAUAAUUUUAGCAUAGUCUUUGUGAGGAAGAAUUGAAUGGAUCAUUCAAUGAAUUCCAAAAAGAUAAGAUACUGGAUUAAAUCAGCCUAAAAAUCAAGUUUACCAACAAGAUAAAUCAGAAUUUACGUUGAAAUAACUCAGAGAUUUGAGACUUUGACAUACAAACAUAAAAUACUUAUAAACAAUAGAUGCUGUAUUUAGGAACAUACUAAAGUUUAUUACAGCAAAUCCAUUAAUGAGACAUGUUGACUAGGGGUUGGCAACCUUUGAACAAACUAAAUUUUUACAUAUUUUUUUUAUAUUAUCUAUCGUAAUAUUAAGUUAAUUAAUUUAAUGAAAUCGAAAUAGCAUCCGAUACAUGGCCCGUUUGAAGCCAUAACGUUAUUAUUAUUAUUAUUAUCAUUGUAAUGUCUGUUACUGUAAUAAGAUUAUGAACUUAUUUAUUAUGUUUAUCGCAUUAUGUUGUUAUCUGCUUUUUUAUGUAUUAUGUUUUCAGAAUGAAAGGAGUAUAGCAUAUGAUUGAAAUUAUUAUGGAGAAAAAUUGGUCUUUCAGAUAAAUGGAACUGAACUGAAUGGGAAUAAACCGAUGUUGUCAAAUAACAUACUCAUUUCGAAACGAUGUAACUGGGAUACGAUCUCAAGAUGAAUAUUCAGAUGUGUGCAUUCUACAUCAUUCUAAUUGGGACAGCUAUAGGUAAUUAUUGUAUACACAUGUUUCAGUUAAGCUUCUAGACAACUGAAUUUGAGAAAAUUGGCUUAAUAAAAUAUUCAAUUUUUUUUUUUUUAAUGAAAUAAAAAUGAGGAGCUAAAAGACGUCAACAAAUUUUUAAAUAGACACUUUAUUUAAUUAUCAUUUAACCCGUUUGUACCUAUAUUAGAAAAAAAUGAAAUCUCAAAGAAAGUAAAAUUAAAAUUAAGGAACAAAUGUUCACAACAAAAUGUAUAUAAUUCAAUUAUAUUUAAUUAUUAUUCACGUUUUAAAUUAAAUUAAGCAAAUUACUACACUUUUAAUCUAAGUAUCUGCAUCCAUGAAAUUAUCUUAGAUGAAAUUCUAUUUUAUGGCAGACAACAUUGAGUUUAAAACACAAUCUGAAGUUCAAAUUUUUAAAAAAUUAUUUUUUAUUUUUAUUUUAUAUUAAAUAUUUUUUUAAGAGUUACUAGGGCAGGGUUUUAUAAUUAUUGUCCAUACUAUCAAAGCUUUUUGUACUCAUACAAAUAUUAACUUCAAUCUCUAUUCGUUUGUUUCUUUUAAUACAUUUCCCAGUGGCACAAGACAUUCGUUCUUUUAGACCACUCCCAGAUGAUUGUUCUACCCAAUGCAAAUGUAUUUUUAACUAUGAGGUCAGUUUAACGGAAAGCUUGCCAGAGACAUCGUCUCUCAUCUUUGAGCUGAAGGAAUCAUCAAGCGAAACUUUUAAAAAAGUGAGUUAGUUUAUUCAUUUACAUUAUAAAGUCUUCGAUUGUAUUUAUAUAUAUAAAUAUAUAUAAUACCGUGGAUCAUGAUUUUGUGUUUUUUUUAAAAUUAUUUGACAAAUAUAUAUAUUAUAUAUAUAUAUAUAUAUAUCAGUACUGAUAUGUUAAUUGAUAACGUAUUUAACUAUAUUAUAUUUAUAUUAAUAUUACGUUUCCAUUUAAAACAAAAUCAAAUAAUGAUAAAUCUUUCAAUUAAGAAAAUAUUUAAGCAUAAUAAAUACUUAAUACAUCUGUUUGUUUCCAGCUGUACACAUUAAAUCUCAACAGCGGUUGUACCGGAUUUGUUGCACUUGCAGAGGUUUACUGUACAGAAAUCGAUAGGAACGUAUUCAUCAUUUCAAUUAAUACGAAACAAAUUUCAAGUUUUCGUCAAGCAAAAUGCAGAGCCUACCUAAAACAUGCCAACAGAAACACAAACUACACAAAUAUCCUCAACUUUCCCCAAUUUUAUGGUAAAAUAAUAAUUUAUUAUAAUUAUUAAAUUCUUGAACCAUUGUAAGGCAAGACUUUAUUUUUUCUUAUUUGAAAUAACCUUUAACAAAUCAAUCAUGAUAGUUUCUCCAUUAAAUAGUUCCUUAUUUAAUGUCAACAUUGCGCUCUUGGUGCUAGGCAUUUGAUAGAUGAAGUAAAAGUAUAAAAUGUUUAAGUGUAUUAACUUUAAAUAAAUACAAAUAUUUAUAUACAUAUACUUUUUUUAUAUCAAUAAUGUUAAUGUAUAAUUGUUUCUUUAAAAAUAUAUCAGAUUUUAUUUUACAUCUUAAUAAAUUCAAAUAAGGCUUUUAAUUUGUUUCGAUUAAAUUUCAAGUAUAAUUAUUGCUUUUUCGUGCAGAUCCACUAGAAGCAACUGGAAGACUAUACAUAAAUGGGCAUAACAUGUCCACUGAUUCAUGUAAUACGUCCAUUGCUAGCAAGGAUUUAACACUAGAAUUUGACUGUGACAGUGCUGCUAAACCUUGUGUCAUGGAGAUGCAGGUUAAUGGUGAAACUGUGGUGAAACAAAGAGAGAAUCAUGGCGUAUUCAAAGGAUCUUACAAUCAAGGAGAUGAUCUUACUGUGACAGUCAAGUAUUCAGCGUGUAGACUGCAUGCACGUUUCAACACUAUCACCUGUACAGUUGCUACAGGUAAGUGGAUAUAAAAAGACUAAUUUCAAAAACAACAUUUAUUCAAAUGAAUAAGUGGCUUGAGACGAUAAACAAUGCCAGGUAUAUAUUAAAACUAAUGCAUCUCGUCUGAAUAUAUCCUUACAGUGACCCCACUUACUUAGUUGUCACAAAAUAAACGUUUAUUUGUUAAGAAGAAUCAAAGUAAAGGCAAUGAAUUUAGAGAGGGGUUUUUAACUCCAUUCAAUAGUCCUAUAGUCAAUUUCAGUUUGUCGGUCUUAUCUUCCAUAGAAAAAAAAAAAAUAUAUAUAUAUAUAUAUAUCAUCACAGUGUCCUCAAUUACUGCAUUCUUUUUUGUAUUUUAGAUUGUUUUUUUAAGUAUACAUUUUCUUACUGAAAGAAAUCAAUAUUUUUGCUAAAAGCGUUUGGGGUGCUAAUUUAAAUGUAUUUUUACAUUUUUUUGGGCGUAUAGUGUAACAGAAAGUCUUAUAAAAUCUAAUGUCAAAUGCUCAUAGGAGAUGGGGGCAGGAUAAAAAAUAAAUACAAUACAAUACAUUAACAAACAAUGCAACCUCUAAACGAGUAUUCCAUGUAUAUAAAUGCACAUAAACACGAGUUCUUAAUCUUAUGUAUCCUUAUUCAAAAUAUCCUCCAUAUUUUAUUUUAUAUACUGCCAAUUUUCUGUCCUAUGUCAGAAUUUAUUCCUAUCGAUGAAGACAACAAGUUCAUCUUGUUUCUAGCUAUUGGGAGCAGUUCGACACUUUUAAUAAUUAUUGUGGUGAUAAUUGUGAUAUGUCUCGUCCGUAGAAGAAGAAGAAAACAGGUGGGUACAGUAUGUAUUAGUACAAAUUUGUCCGUGAAUUUGUUGUAAAUUUAUUGCUGUUCAUUCGCUUAUGUAUAUUUACAACGACCAUUGAUCGCACACAUUGAGAAUUAACGAGAUAUUUUAGAAACAACAAAUGUCGAUUUCUUUUCCAUAGAAUUUGAUUUUUCUAAAAAAGCUACUGCAAAGGCUUUUAAGGCAUUGUCUCGCUAACAAAUAUUUAUUCGAAGUGUAACAUAAAAAUAGUAAAACGAUGCAUUUUACGUAAAUUGGUAACAAAUAAAGAUAUAUGAUAUGAACACAGCACAGAUUAAACAUUUUUUUUUUCAAAUCUUUUUUUCAGGAAAGGAACAAAAGCAUCUCCCGUCCACUUAUACAAACGGAGCAGGUAAAAUAUAAAUUUUUAAAAAAAUUAUUUGGUUUAACUUCUUAUAUUCUUCUCGAUACGUUUAAAUACAACAAUAAGUGAUACAAUUAUUUUUAAAAAGUAUUUUGUCAGCAGGGAAUUUUUUUUAAAAUUUGCACAAUUUAUUAAAAUAAUAUUUUUUUUUUUUUUUUUUACAUUUUGAUUAACCAUUAUACACUUUAUUAAACACAACAUGCAUUAUUAUACAAACACUUACAUGGUGGUAUUGAAAAGCAAAAUAUAAAAUGCACUAGUUUAAAUUAAUACAUUAAUAAAUAUAAAUUAAGGUACAUGCUAAAGCUAAUGAUAUAAAAUAAGUUGAAAUGUAUAGUACCUUGGCUAUAUUAUUGAGAUUCAAUUAUUUUAUUUCAAUUAUCGUUAAAUUUAUUAGGAUUUACACACGUUGGUAUAUCAUUUAAAGAACACUUAUUGUAUGCGAAAUAAAUCAAACUAUUUGAUAGGCUGACUUUAAAAAGCAAUGUAAAUAUUUUUAGUGAGUAGUAGAUACAAUCUUUGUUCAAAUGAAAUGUUAUAGCGAAUGAAUGUUUCUUAGAUACGCAUGUUUGAGGAAAAAAUCGACUAAAAAAACAAAACAAAUUGUAACUUAUUUAUUUUACAAUUUAUAUAACGCAUACAGUUAGAGCAGCUGUAAUUUUUUUUAAGCCAAGAAGAGGCAACAUUGUUUAUUAAAAACUUUUAAUUAUCAGAAUUUACAUUUGAUCAUUUAAGUGUUAUUUUUAUUACUCCUUCAGAACCAUGAUGUUGUGAUUAAGUUGGAUCAAACCCUGAGAUCUACUCUUGGAAAGACAAGCGUUAAAAGAAAAGCUAUUGUUGACCUAGACGACACAGAUGUCUGGACACCUCUAAUGUUAGCAGCUAAUAAAGGCCACACAUCAACAGUAUCCAAGCUAAUAACAAACGGAGCGGAGGUCAAUGCCAGAGGUCCCGAGGACUUAACCGCACUAAUGUUGGCAUCAGAAAAUGGUUCCCUGGCCAUUGUUAAAAAACUUCUUAAAACCGGGGCUAAUGUUAACGAUAAAGACUAUGAAGGUUGGACUGCUUUAAUGUUGGCAUCGCAAAACGGUCACGUUGACGUUGUAAAAUACUUAAUUAAAAUGAAAGCAAACGUAGAUGAAAAAAAUAAUGAUGAUUUAACUGCAAUGAUAAUUGCUUCCCAAAACGACCAAACUCACAUUUCUGAAUUUCUUAAUAAAAUAGGUGGGAAUCACGAGAAAAAGAAAUACAAAAAGUCUCUGACGAGAAAGUCUACAAUUUAUCAAAGUAGAUCUACCUGUGUAAUGGACAAUACGAUAAAUACAAACAAAGAAAACACCUUAGAUAAGGACGCAUUUUUAAAGGAGUUCUGUAAGUCACUUAAAAAUCGUGAUGACGAUAAGGAUGAUAUAGUUAACAAAGACGAUGUAGCUUCUAACGUAUAUGAAACAAUUAAUAAGCCAGAGGUUAUGGAAACUGCAUCAGAAGCACAUGACAAAGGCAAGAAAAAUAAUAUAACUAAGGACAUUAUAAAUGCAAUAGAAAUAGGAUCUAUAGAAAAUGUUGAACGAAUUUUGAAAGAAGGUUUUGAUGUUAAUAAACAAUUUGGAAACGGUUCUAAUUCUUUGAUAUUUGCCGCAAUAAAAGGACGCAUUGAAAUAGUUGAUUUGUUAAUCCAAAACAAAGCAGGUGUGAGUCAUACGGACAAAAAUGGUUUUACAGCACUACUACAUGCAUCAGAACAUGGUCAAACAGAUGUUGUCAAACUGCUCCUUGAAAAAGGUGCUAAUGUCGAUAAGAAAGAAAAUAAAAGCUGGACUGCCCUAAUGUUAGCCUGUCAAAAUGGACAUACGGACACUGCUAGACUGCUGAUUGAAAACGGAGCUAAUGUUAACGACAAGGAGCGACAAGGCUGGACUGCUUUAAUGCUUGCAUGUCUCAAUGGACACAUAGAAAUUGUACAAUUGUUAAUUGGACAUGGGGCUGAUUUGGAGCAGAGGGAAGUUGACGGUUGGACUGCAUUGAUGCAGUCGUCUCUUAAUGGACACGUAGAAACAAUUUCUCUUCUUCUCGAACACGGGGCAAAAAUUACAAAGAACGAAACAAACGGAUUAACUCCACUAAUGCUUGCAUCUCAAAACGGUCACGCCAAAGUUGUGCAGCUGCUCCUUGACAACGGAGCUGACGCUAACGAGACAGAGUGCAGUGGCUUCACUGCCUUGAUGCUGGCAUCACAGAAUGGGCAUUUGGAAACAGCAAAACUGCUGAUUGAUAAGGGGACAAAUAUUCAUCUUAAAAAUAGCGAUGACUGGACAGCUUUAAUGUUGGCGUCCGACAAUGGUCAUGAUGACGUUGUUGACUUGCUUAGCCAUUCAAUACAUGUUUAAAUGAAAGAGAAUGUAUGCAAACUAAGACAAAAAUAUUGAAGGAAGAUGUGAAAAAAAUUUUCGUGAAUUUAAUUUCGAGAGUGUUUUGAUAAAAAAAAUAUAAGUACUGUGUUUUUAUUAUCAAUGAAGUAAAGAAGCUCUCCUUGAUAAUUACUAAUACUAAAUAUUUACCAAUUAUGAUUGAAUGAAGUAUCAUUAUAAAUAAUAAUGUCCACAAUUUUUUUUUUACUCUCUUAGUGUAUUUUUCAAUGUCCAGUUAUUUUAAACAAUAAUAAAACUUUUUUUACAAAC